CGCGAUACGCUUGAGUCUUCUCCCUUAGACGCUCCAACAGGCUGUUAUAUAGGAUGCGACGUUCAUGGAAAACUUUGGCAUUUGCUGCUCAUCGGUCAAAGUAUGUCGGCAGAUGACUUCGCGGCCGAUGCGAAGGCGUCCGAGAAGGACGUAGAGGGUGUCAUCACGCCCGUGGCACAGCAGUCCAGUAGUAAAAACAGUGGUUUCACGACGACCCGCGUGGAACUGUGGGCGUUCUACGUGUACUACAUCGGAAAUAACGGCUUGUCUGGCUUCAACUUCGGACCUUCGCAGUUCCAAAACUUGCUCUAUUUGGCAGGCUAUGACCCGAGCUAUCCCCCGUUUACGGUGCCUUGCGGCUCGGACUCUGGCUGCGUGCUUCCGUAUCUCGGAGAAGUGCGAGACGUAAAUGCCAUCGUGCUUUUGACCAACGGAAUAAGUUUUGCGUUACAAGCUGUCGUUCUGUUGACCAUCGGUGCGUGGGCUGACUACGGCCAGUGGAGACCGAACAUCACGAUAUUCUUCACUCUGCUUGCCGUCGGUGUUUCCUUCGCUUGGCUGGGCGUCGAGGACGCGUCCCAAUGGAAAGCCGGGGUCGCAUUAUAUAUCCUUGGACUCAUCGCAUACCAGUGCGCACUCACUUUCUGGACCGCCGCGUUCCCCGGGUUGGCAAGCGAUCUUCCUGAGGUCAAGGCAUCUGCCGCAGAAGCAUCAGACGGCACGAAGUCCUCGGAGGACCACGCCAACUUUGAAUCCCUCGAGCGCAAUCGCAUCUCCAACGUCUCAUUCGCGGUAUGCUCCGUCGGCGAGAUCCUCAUUCUCGCCGUGAUGGUCGGGAUACUGAAAGGCCUCCACUCCGACGCGAGCACGGAGAACAACACGAAGUCAUUCAGCGUGCUCAUCGCAUUCGCCGGAGGAGUCUGGCGUACGUCCCUCGACCUAGACGUGUAUACACACGAUGCUGAGUUCAAGUUGUCUCUGACGCAUGCAGUGCUCUGUGCACUUCCGUGGUUCUUCCUCGAAAAGCGCCGUCCGGGACUAGCGCUACCGCCAGGCGCGACUCUCCUGACCGUAGGGUUCAAGCAGACAUACGUAGCCUUUAGCGAAUGCUGGAAGCUGAAGCAGACGUUCCUCUAUUUGAUCUUCUACUUCCUCAUGGGUGAUGUCCUGAACACGACUGUUACCGUGAUUGGGACGCUGCAGAACAGCGUGGUAUCGUACUCAACGCUGCAACUGACAUAUCUCCUCAUCGUGGGGAUUGUGACGCAAGCCCUUGGGAUCUACCUCUUCUGGGUAGUGCAGAAGCGCUUCAAUAUAUCCACAAAAGCGAUGCUUUGUUUCAACGUGUUUUGGAUCAUCAUCCUCACCGUGUGGGGUCUCAUCGGCAUACACACCGACAAGUUUGGCUUCAAGCACGUAUGGGAGAUUUGGCUCUACCAGGCGUACUACGGUCUGAUGGUAUGCCCGUGGUAUGCAUACAGUCAAACGAUGAUAAGCGAGGUAUCCCCUCUGCCGCAAAUGUUUCUAUUCUUUGCACUCUUCUCGGUGAUUGGGAAGACGUCUGCGUUCAUAGGCCCCUUCGUGUCGUCGGCGAUCAUUACUGCUUCGGGGAACAACGACAACUACCCAUUCGUGUUCCUCUUCAUCCUCGGUACACUGAGCACGGUGUUCCUGUACUUCGUCGACGUAGGAAAGAGUCGUAUAGAGUGUGAAGCGUUCAUAGCAGCUGAGGCCAAACGGGAGGCAUUCGCCAUGGGUGAUACCGGCGAGUCGUGAUAGUUGCCUAGCCUAUCGCAUGAAGUGUAGCGCAUGUCGGGCGAUAUGUAUGAACUAGAUUUUCCUACCACAUUCGCAUGCUGAGCCUCGUGGCAGGAAGAGGACUGAGCGAGCAGAUGGAGGAC